UAGAGUUAUGAAUUUAGGUUAUUUCACUUAUUUCGUCAUUCUCAUUCCUUAUAUUUUAUGCUUAAUAUCACUGUAGAUUAUUUAUUUACAUUUCUCUUCUAACUAAUUUUUAUUCAUUUAGUAUUAUGGAGGAACUCUCUGAAUUUAACCGAGAAGCAGACAAUGCGCAAGAGCAAAUCGACAAACUGAGAAAAAAUGUAGCGGAAGUUGAGAGUAGACUUAAAUCUGGGACAGUACAACUCACCGAUGAUAUCGAGUUGAACAAAUUGAUUACAGAAAAUAUCAAGUUAAAACAUCGUUUAGCAAUACUGAAUAGAGCAAUAGAGGAUCAGUUGACUAAAAACGGAUCUGAGCUUUCAGUUAGUCAAGGCGGAAUGCAGAGCAUAAAUGAAAUUCUCACCAAUUUGUUUUCUGUAGCAAUAACCAAUGCCUUUCCUGACAUUGUCGAUCCCCCAAUUGUUAUAGCUUUAUCUGGAUCUAAUCCAAAGUUUGGCGACUACCAGUGUAAUUCUGCAAUGCAAUUAGCUAAUAUUUAUAAACAAAUGGGAAAAAAAGUUGCACCGCGAGACAUUGGACAAAAAAUUCUCGAAAAUAUACCUCCUCAUGAGCUCAUUGACAAACUAGAAAUAGCUGGACCUGGUUUCAUAAACAUAUAUUUGGAUAAAAGUUUUGGACUGAAAAAUUUAUCUACCAUUUUUGAAAAAGGAGUUCAACCACCACAUAUUCCAAAAAAACUCAAAGUUUUAGUUGACUUUUCUUCGCCUAACAUUGCCAAAGAAAUGCACGUGGGGCACCUACGAUCAACAAUAAUUGGGGACAGCAUUUGUCGAUUAACAGAGUUUUUAGGGCAUGAGGUACUACGAAUCAAUCACGUCGGAGAUUGGGGUACCCAGUUUGGAAUGUUGAUUGCUCAUCUACAAGACACAUACCCUGAUUUCCACGUGAAAGCCCCUCCUAUCGGAGAUUUGCAGGCUUUCUAUAAGGAAUCUAAAAAAAGGUUUGACGAAGAUGAAGAAUUCAAAAAAAGAGCCUAUGCCAGUGUUGUUCAACUGCAGUUGUUCGAGCCAACUCAUAAAAAGGCAUGGGAACUGAUUUGUGAAGUAUCUAGAAAUGAAUUUCAAAAAAUCUAUGAUAGGUUAGAUGUAUCUUUGGUAGAAAGGGGUGAGUCGUUCUAUCAAAGUAGGAUGGAGCAGAUAGUUAAAGAACUCGAUGCCGGAGGGUUUCUGGAGUAUGACGAUGGCCGCAAAGUCAUGUGGGGUGAUCUAACGAUUCCACUUACCGUUGUAAAAUCUGAUGGGGGUUUCACCUACGAUACGUCUGAUUUAGCCGCUAUUAAACAUAGAGUGGAAGAGGAAAAGGCAGAUUGGAUCAUAUACGUAACAGAUGCAGGACAGGCUACACAUUUUUCUCUAUUGUUCAGCUGUGCCAGAAAAGCGGGGAUUUUAAAGGAUAAUGUUCGUGUCGAUCACGUUGGAUUUGGAGUGGUUUUAGGAGAAGAUAAAAAGAAGUUCAAGACUAGAUCUGGAGAUACUGUUCGAUUAUCAGAUUUACUCGAUGAAGGACUGAAACGUGCCAUGGAGAAACUGAGAGAAAAAGAAAGAGACAAGGUUCUGACCCCCGAAGAGCUCAAAGAAGCUCAAGAAGCGGUGGCCUAUGGCUGUAUCAAAUAUGCAGAUCUGUCUCACAAUCGAAAUCACGAAUAUGUAUUUUCAUUUGACAAAAUGUUGGAAGACAAAGGCAACACUGCCGUUUAUCUUUUGUAUGCCUGCACGCGUAUCAAAUCAAUUGCUCGCAAUGCUAACUUCACUCCCGAAAAAAUCAAGGAACUCAGCAAGACAUAUACAAUUUCAUUGGACCAUGACAAGGAAUGGAAAUUAGCAAAAGUUCUGUUACGAUUUCCAGACACACUCUUAAAAAUGACAAAUGACUUGUGUCUGCAUCAUUUGUGCGAAUACGCAUAUGAAAUCGCUACAACAUUCACGGAAUUUUAUGAUAGCUGUUAUUGUAUAGAAAAAGAUUCUUCGGGAGACAUUGUCAAAGUUAAUCAUGGAAGAAUUUUGUUGGCAGAAGCCACAGCAAUGAUUCUUGAAAAGUGUUUUGAUAUAAUAGGUUUGAAGGCUGUUACCAAGAUGUGAAGCUCUUGUUUCUGUUGGUAAAUAAAAACGUUUCUAUUAUUUCUGUA